AUGCCGAAUUUUGCGAAAAAAAUUCCGGGGUCGACUCGUACGGAAAUGGCAUUGUCGAGUAGGUGGAAAAUUCUCAACAAAGAGUUGGGAAAAUGGAGAGAUGCCUUGGCAAAAGCAAUGAACAACUAUAGAAGCGGGGAAAAUCGUACUAACGAGGUGGUGAAAUAUUGUAAACGCUUCAUAAUUAUUCCCACGGGUCCCGCAGUUGUGUUAAACGAGACAUCACUCCGUGAUUCAAUGACAUCGGAUUCACCUCUCGAUUCCCCUAUGAGUGAAGACUCACCCAUCCAAAAGAAGCCGAGGCCCAUUGGCCGAAAGGCUGCGAAGGCAAAGAAAGCAAGUAAUUCAAGCAAUAAUAAUUCAAAGUUUUUGGAGGAAAUUGCAAGGCAGAACGCCAUAAGAAUUGAAAUGGAGCAGAAAUGCCAAGAUAUGGAGGUGGCAAUUCAAGCCGAGUGUGCAUGA